CACGCUAAUUUAUCUCAACGCUAGGCUUCAUGCCAUACAUUUGCAUAAAAAUAAUAGGAUCAUCAUAAUAAGAACACUUAUUCUGGGUCAGGGAAUCAUCCGUAGCCCAUGUGUAUGUUCGUUAUUCAAAGAGGCGAUUGGGACACUCCCACUGGUUAUACCCCCAACCACUUUCAGUCUUCUCCAUCGGGGCGGAGAGUGAGGUCUCCGUUGCUGAGCCUGCCGGACUGAGAGUUGUGAAGAAGACUAGCAUACAGAGCUGAUUACCGAGUGGACGAAAACGCCAACAACUGGAGGGUCGAGAUUGUCAUUACUCUCUAUUUAAAGGGACUUUUUUAAUUUGACUUUUUACCGUGCAUGACUCACGAUAUGGUUGUCGGAGCAUGGAAGCAGACGACGUGUCGAUCAGGGAGCAGAUAUUUCAUGAUCGAGUUCGAGAGACCCUAAUCUGUGUCCUCCUCUUCGCCUGCCUCUACAUCGCCUCCUUCUUCAUCGUCAGUCACUACAGGAAGAACGCCGACUUUGUGGCUGAUGAUAAUGAAGAUGCCACUGUCAACAGAAUUGUGCUGUGGCUCUGCACUUUCACCCUCUCCGUCUCAGUGGGAGCAGUGCUCCUGCUCCCUCUCUCCAUCAUGUCCAAUGAGGUGCUCCUGUCCUUCCCACACAGCUACUACAUGCAGUGGCUCGACAGCUCCCUCAUUCACGUGCUGUGGAACCUGGUCUUCCUCUUCUCUAACCUGUCCCUGGUCUUCCUCCUACCCUUCGCCUACUUCUUCACUGAGUCCGAGGGUUUUGUGGGCUCCAAAAAGGGUGUGAUGGGCCGUGUGUACGAGACGGCGGUCAUGCUGCUGCUCCUCACCACCCUGGUGCUGGGCAUGGUGUGUGUGGCCUCCGCCCUCCUCCACCGCAGCUCCACCACGGAGAGCCUGCGCAACCUGUGGGAGUAUUACCUGCCCUACCUGUACACCUGCAUUUCUCUGUUCGGGGUCCUGCUGCUUCUCCUGUGCACGCCCUUUGGCCUGUCGCGCAUGUUCAGCAUUACAGGCAACCUGCUGGUCAAGCCUAGGCUGCUGGAAGAUGUGGAGGAGACGGUGAACUGUGCAGCAUUCGAGGAGGCUUCUCUGGCCAGGAAACUGACCAAUGGUAGCUGUUGGAUCAGCCUUAAUGUGGAGGUUAUGAGGAGGCAGUUUCUCACAAUCCAAACCAGGCGCUUCAGUCUUGAGAUGCGACGGAGGGCAUCGCCAUGGCAGCGUAACCUGGGUUACCCGCUGGCCAUGCUGCUGCUGCUGGCUCUCACGGUUGUGUGCGUUCUCAUCGUGUGCUUCCACGUGUUGGAGCUGCUGUUUGAUGAUGCUGCUUUGCCACGGGGAAUGGAGGACCCACUCCUCGGUGCUGCUUCUUUCUCCAUGUUUGGUUCCCUGGGGGCAGCUGUGCAGGUCAUCCUCAUCCUGUAUCUGAUGGUGUCUUCAGUGGUAGGUUUCUACAGCUCGCCCCUGUUCACAGGCCUGCUUCCACGCGCACAAGACACCACACUGACGCAGAUCAUUGGGAACUGCGUGUCCUUGCUCGUUCUGAGCUCAGCACUUCCGGUCUUUUCCCGCACUUUGGGGAUCACACGGUUUGACCUGCUUGGGGACUUUGGGCGUUAUAACUGGCUGGGAAACUUCCACAUCGUCUUCCUGUAUAACAUGCUGUUUGCAGCGCUGACCUCGGCCUGCCUCAUCAACACCGUCACCUGGGCAGUGCAGAGAGAGCUCAUCCGUGCCUUCGGUCUCGAUAAAUUGCCUUUAACAGUGUGUCGCUCCACAGUCCCAUUCAAGCUUCUGUUAGCCAAUGGGCUAUCAAAGGUUCAGUGAACAAACUGCUCCUAUCUCAUGUAGCAGAGAUCGUCCCCACCUGCCAAAGACUGCACGGUGGCAGACUCCCAUUGGACCAGAGGCGUGUCCUUAUAUUGUUAACCAAAUAAGGAGGGCAGUGAAGCUCAUCAAGUCUGUGUGUAGAUGGUGGAAAAUUGCAGUCUGUCCAGUGGAAAAACUUGGAACAGAGGAGGUUGGAGAGAAUGGCUGGCCUUACAAAUACCUUUUUAUUUUAACUUUAGGGGCCAACUGCAUUUGUUUCCUUGACUAUGGGUGUUACGGUUGCAGUGGUGGAAUGAGAAUGCAGCUGUUGCCAAAAAAUCAUGUUUUUAAUAGCUUUGUUAAGCAAAAAAUGUAAAAGGGAGUGGAGGUUAAGAACUUCUCUUCUGCUCUGAUUCCCCUCAACAGGGUUUUCUGUGAAAUGUAUAUGUCUAAACUGAGCCUACAUAUGUACAUAGUGGUUUUCAAAAUCGAAAACAAAAAUAUUGAGAUUGCAAAAUCACCCUCCAAGUUUAACCUUUUCAGAAGGUAGGAAGAUCAUUGGUGUAUCUGUGUAGCAUUAAACAGACAUGUUAGGACCCUG